AAAAAAAAAGGUCGUCGCCGAAACAACGGGUUAUACUCGUUCUGAAGGCAUUGGAUAUGUAUGCAUCCACGCAUCUAACGGUUAUUAUUCAAAUCAUCUCACACGUACUGGCGUACACGAACUCCUGCAUUAAUCCAAUACUCUAUGCUUUCCUGUCGGAAAAUUUUCGUAAAGCAUUCCGCAAGAUCACAAUCGGAUUGGGAAAAUGUCUGGCAUCAGGAGACACAUUCACGCUGUCGCGACAAAUUGAUACGUCAACUGUUCUGGGCCUGUGAGAAGGAUAUUUAUCGUCUGACACGACGCAAUCGCAAACGAACGGACAAUGAAGCAAUGCAUAAAAGAAGCAAACCCAUCGCACGUACCUGGCUGAAAAUGGAUUAUGUCAACACGCUGUUGCGCACACGACGCGCCGAUGCACCCUCAAUUACGAAUGAGUGUUGCACUAAGGUCGGCUGCACCUGGGAGGAAUAUGCCGAGUAUUGUCCCUCGAACAAGCGUCGCAAUCAUUACUGAGAUGAGGAGGAAACCAAAGCGCGUGGCAAAGUGGAUUAAUGAAUAAGGAAUAAUGAGACUUAAGAUAUGCAACAUCAGGAUGAAUAGGUUCAACCCGGAUAAUGAAAGUGAGCAUAGUGUAUUUGGUUAAAACAUGUUAUUUUCAUAUAUACGGCAGCUGUUA